AUGGCCUUUCACGUUGCUUGCCCAAUCACCUGUCGGCGAAUCUGCUACUGCUCGCUAGGGUUUCCAAAGAAUCUACAGAGCGAGAAGGCGAGGAAUGCAUUCGUGGAGGAAAUUUCUAGGGUUGAGGAGUUUUUGAAGGACCCGUGGUUGAUUAGGGCUAGGGAGCAGAACGGGACCGUACAGGUCAAGGUUCCGAAGGUUGUGGUUGCUCCGCCGCCACCGGUUGUGCCGGCGGUGGCGGAUGGAGGCGGCGCCGGUGGUGGAGGUGAUGGAGAUGAGUUGUUGUCGGCGAAGACCAAGCGGGCCGCUAUCCAGAGGAAAGCGGCUGCGGCGUCAAUUGUGGCGGAGGAUUACGCUCGUCGAUUCGAGUCCGGUGAUCUGGUGGUGGAUUGUGGAGUGACUGACGACAAAUCUGUGAAGUCAGGAGU